CAACAGUUUUGGGCCCCACUCCCAAACCCCUUGGAAGCAGCGUUGUGUCACCUUUUACCAUUAAACACAAUCAGAACAGGACUUCAAACCUGCUUCACAAUAAUGGAUCUCUUCUGAGGACUCCUGCUUGGAUUUUUGUUUUCGUUUUGACCUCCAUCAUCCCAUUCAUCAUCCCAUUCAUCAUCCCAUUUUCCUCUGGAAAAGCCCACUCCCUUUGCUUUGUUGACCCUUGCCUCUCUUUACUUACUUCGCUCUGCUUUUCCUGGCUUGAUUCACUUGGCCUGGUGCAGCAGAGCACCAGAGGCAAAGCACCAGGCUAUAUUUAUCAGCUGCUGAGGUCGGACCUGCUUCGUGUUUCUGUUUGGGGUUACCUGCUCACACCUGAACCUCUUCUCUCCUCAACAUCCCGUCAAGGAUCUGAGGCUCUAUUUUGAUUUUCUAUCUCUUGCCAGGAUAAACAAACUCAUCCUUUUGCUGGAUGUAAAGUUAGUUUGAACCUCCAAUUCCCACGAAGCUUUCCACCUCAACCUCCCUUCCAACAGACGCCUUAAGUUUUCAGAGUGACUUCUCCUUGAAAGACAAGAGCGCCUUGGUCAAGAGCGUUUCAGACACAGAUGCCAAGCUUCUGGUCGUCCUUCCCAAGGUGUCAGAACUGAAAAAAAUAUUCGAGGCGUCCACCAUCAAGGAUCUGGGGAUGAAAAGGAAGGAGAGGAUAGUCCGGCGUCUGGAGGGGAUUGAGAGUGAAGCGCCACCGGCUCUGGUUCCUGGUGGUUUUGUAGCUAACAGGAUGUUGGAGGAGGAUCCACCUCGGUACACUCGUGCUUCAGAUCCUUGUGAGCCUCGAGUAAUGAUGAAGCGCUACAGCAGAGAAGAGAUGGAACCACCGCAGAAGAAGGUGACAUCUCCAGACAGAACCCCUCAUGUUAAAAGUGGUGUCAGCACCGGUCACCCAGAACCAGUUGAGGUUUAUGUUGAUCCCGUAACAUUGUCCACUUCCUCCACACCCACAACCGGUCCUGCCGAGCCCACCAGCCUCAGCUCCAAGGCUGAACGUAUCGCCCGCUACAAGGCUGAGCGUCGCCGCCAGCUGUCGGAACGUUACGGUAUCCUCCUGGAUCAGGAGGCGGAAGCCGAUUUCACACCUCGAUAUCGAUCCAGACGAGAUCCGGGGAUCUCAGAACGACAAACCGCCACAAGGCGAGACCAAGAAAGAACAGAUCCAGAGCAACACAGUCAGAGUCUGGAACCAAGAGUACCAUACCGCUCUGGAGUGGGCAGGGUUUACAUGACGACACACCCAGAUCUUGCACCUGCAGAGAAAACAAGCCCCGCCCACUCACAUCAAGCCCCUCCUCCAACUAAAGAAAGGCCUGGCAGGUUUUCAGAGCAGGAGAGAGCGAUGAACAUGGAGAACUAUCGACGUGGUUCAGCUCAGGAGCGCUCAGUUACAUCCAGAUCCAGAGUCCAGGAGCAUCAUCACCAUCAGCAGCCACAAGCAAAACCACACCUGUCCCAUCAGGAUCCAAGCCCCGCCUCCACCAGGGACUACAGCAUUGCAGCGGUGCCUAGCUCUCCUCGCACGGCCCGCAGAGCAUCCUUACCAUCCACGCGCUACGGUAUCUCACCUGGAGAUCUGUUCAUAGAGCAGCAGGCUCAGAGCAUCCUCAACAGGCAGGGAAUCCGGGUAAGAGAACGGUUGUCCAGGGAUGACACACUCCAGAAGCCCCCAGACCAAAGUCCAGACAGACUGCAAUCAAGCAGACACCACAGUCAUGGGAGCUCUGCUCAACACGCCACUAAGCACUCAGAACAAACCCAAAGAAAGACUGGUCUCCAGGCUCAGCCCAGUCCAGGCCGCCAUCCUUUGUCCACCGAGUACCAACGCUCUGGCCCUGCUAUGGAUGCUCAGCCUGUUUUGGCCACGACUGCUCCAGUGCCAAUGGUCAAGCCCUCUGUACUCCAGGACGAACAACAACUCAGAAGAGUGAGUGUCGAUCAAAUCUGCGCCUCCCACAGGGAGGCAAGACAGGAGGCAAAGCAGGUCCUGAAGGAAGAAGCCCACACAGAGGGCCUGCUCAAAAGCCGGAAAGCUGUGUUACCCUCAGAGAUUCGCAGAAGGGAAAGGAGUGUAGAUGAUCCUCACAGGGGUCAGCAAGAAGACAUGGACUGGCAGAACAUCAGUCUAGAACGGACAAGGAGACGUCACGAUGAGGAGGACUGGGAUCGGGAGCAGCCCAGAGAGAGGGGAAGGGAAAGGAGUGUUCAGAGAAUCAGAGAAAGGGGAAGAGAACACCUCACCAGCCAAGACAGCCAAAAGGAGAAAUUCUUUAGAUCCAUGCAGCCUUCCCUAACGUCUACAUACCAGGAGCAUAGGCAGGAUCCGUCCAUGCAGUCUGUGUACCAUCGAGAUUCCAAGCAGCAAGAACCCCCAGUGCAGCAACAGUAUGAGACCAGAAGGGCAGAACAUUCAGCUCAAGUUCAUGUAGAACCUCAACAGCAACACCAGUACAAUCACCUGAGACAGAUGCAGGAAGCCCAACGACCACCUCAGGUAAGGCAUGAGUAUGACCUACAAACACAGGAGCUCCCAGGUAAACAACAAGAACCUCAUCCUGAAGAAGAGACUGGGCUGCAGCAUCACACACCAAAACAAGACCAAGGGUUGGACUCAGUCAUUUACCUCCAGAAGGGCUCCUCUUUGCCUCAGGCCAAACACAGAAGCAUGGAAAUGGCUGGAGGACCCAAACCAAAGAUACGAACUCGUUCCAUGUCAGAUAUCGGUAUAAGUCAACACUCCACUAUGUAUCGAGCUGAGAGAGCGGGGACCAGGGGAGAGGCAUCCAGGGUUGUCCCUCCAUCUGCACUGGCCAAUGGGGAGACAGGAACCCUGGACACAAGGGUGUCGGUAGCACAGCUGCGACACUCCUACCUGGAGAAUGCCAAUCGGAAGCCUGAGUUUGAGACAACUAAAGUGGAUCUCCCAACUAAGGAAGUGGAUCUAGCUGGUAGCAGCGACUGGGACAGGGGGGUUCGGAGACCUCGACGUUAUAUCGCUUCAGGGGACUCUCGCACAUCAGAGAGGUUCAGGACUCAGCCCAUCACUUCUGCAGAACGUCUGGAAUCCGACAGGUCACGUCUUAGCCCGUCACAACUACAGGAACCUGAAGAUGAACAAAAAGUGGACGAUAGAGCUAAAAUGAGUGUGGCUGCAAAGAGGUCUCUCUUCAGGGAGUUGGAAAAAACCACAGAUGAAGCCUUCCCCAAACCCCGCUCUCGAAAUGCCGCCGUAGAAAGACGUCUAAGAAGAGUUCAGGACCGUGCACAAACACAGCCUGUUACCAACAAAGAGGUGGUCUGCGCCUCAAGUGAUCCCCCCCUGCCGUCACAACCUGAUGGUGUCCACAUCCACACAAGUCAGGUCUGCAGCCCCACAAUGGCCAGCACCAUUGUGACUAGUAUCAGCAUCCAGGCCUCCUCUCAGACCAGCUCAGCGCUCCAAGAGCACAGGACUGAGACCCAGGACCAACAGAAACCGGCCCAAGCUCCCAGUGCUGGAGGACAUGUUGAUGAACAGGAGCCUGACCUUUCCACGCUAAGUUUGUCUGAGAAGAUGGCUCUGUUCAAUCGCCUUGCACAUCAUUCAGCAAAACCAGCAGAGGGGUCCAGAGGGGACACCCACCAGCGCAGGGCCAGCUCUCGCUUUCAGACCCAGCCCAUCACCCAGGGAGAGGUGGAGCAGGAAGCUGAGACACCAGUAACGUCAGUGGUCUGUAACGGUGACUUAGACACCAAUCAGGGAGAACACCUGAAAAAUGGAGGAGAGAUCAAACUGGAGCCGCUGUCAGCCUCCCUGAUACGAUCCGUGGCAGCCACUACCUCACAAGCCUCUGUCACUGUGGUAACCAUGGCAACACUCGGCAGUGGUGCUGAUGAUGGGUUUCAUUCAGGGAAGUCCACCACCAUCCCAUACGUCCCCCCUGCCCAACAACCGUCUUCCAGAGGCACAAACAUCCUCCAGGAGGGGGCGCCGAGGUAUUUCUCCUUGACCCAGGAGGGGCACCCUGAGCCAGAGCUCAACUCCUCCUCUCUCCACCCUGACAGCCAAGAGAAAGGGGCUCCCACUUCCUCCUUCAGUCAUAGACAGCAAGGGGGGCUAGCGGGGGAGAGCUGGAAAGGGCGACAAGAGGAGAAGGAGGUUGGGGGGAGACAGCAGGGAGGAGCCAGAGAAGACAGCAGAGGAGGCUGCAUUCACUCCUCUGACAAGGACCGAGGGGAGAGGCUGCAGCAUCCACAUCACUCCACCAAGUCGUCUUUGUGGAGGGGCGAGCCAGAGCCCCCCCUCAGCAGGAGAACUACAGACUCCCAGGAGGGAAGGGAAGCAGGGGAGGGAGGAAGAGAGAAAGGAAGCCACCUGAGAGAGGCUGCAGCAGCUCACAGCUCCCCCAUACAAGAGCCGAGGGGAAGCAGUGGCCGGAGCCAAGGAGGUACCUCAGAUGUGUUGGAUCAUUCGACACCCCUGAAGCCGUUGGUCGCUAAAGUUUCAUCCAGGACUGUGUCUUAUAUUUCAAGUGCUCAGCAGCAUCAAAGCACCCUCCAGCCUCCUCAGACUCUUCCUAAACCUCCGUUAUACAUCCCGCCACAUUCCCAGCCCCCACCCACAUACCCCAAAACUUUCACCCAUUCCCUGCAAACCCUGCCCAAACCUCAGGGAUUCAUCCAGGUUCUCCCAAAGCCUUACCCCCAGACAGCGCUCCAGGCACUCCCCAAACUGCAGGCACCUCCUCAGACAACUCCUAAACCACAAUCCUUCCCCCAGUCCCUGAACAAGGUCCAGUCCUCCUACCUGGACCAUCCAGAGGACCUCAGCAGGACCAGCGUCUAUUCUGGAGAGCUGCUGUCCCCCACUGAGUCUGGAGACCUGCUGCCUGACAGCAUGUCCACCAAACAGAUGUCUAUCAAGGAGAGAGUGGCCCUGCUGAAGAAGAGUGGCGAGGAAGACUGGAGGAACAGGAUCAACAAGAAACAGGAAGUGGUUAAAGUGGCGUCCACGGAGCAACCGACCCAGCAGCAGGAAACUGAGGAGAGCAGCCAGAAGGAGGAAGGGGGGGUCAUUCAGGACCAUGCUGCCGUGUCUGCAUCUGAGCAGCUCUGGGAGCCUGUCUUCUCCUCCACCUUUUCUCCUACUAUCUCUCUUGGCCAAAAGUGUCAGUACGUUGAGCAUCAUGGUCAGAAGGUCGGAGAGGAAAUCGAGGCCCAGAUGACCAUCGAAGAGAGGAAACAGAUGAUUUCAACACGUGAGGAUGCCUGGAAGAGCAAAGGGAAAGGAGCAGCUAAUGACUCCACGCAGUACACUGUAGCUGCACGUAUGAUGAAAAAAGGCCUGGCAGCCUCGUCCUCAGUAAUCAGUCCCAUCCUGUCCCCAGUUUCCACCAAACUCAAGAGCAGCACGACCGUGGUCAACAAACCACAAGAGGAAAUUGAAGCCAAACCUGACAUGGAAUCAGACAAAAAGCUGGACAAGUUGGAGAGCUUUUUGGGACGACUGAACAGCAAAGUGGCAGGUUUGCAGGAAACCACCAUAACAGUGACUGAGAAAGCAGUGAAGGAAGUGAUGAAGCUGGAUGAUGAGAUCUUCUCCAAAUUCUACAGACGUGUGGCUGAAUUUCCUCGGAUGCCCACAAGGAUCGAGAUCAGUGAGGACUUUGACUCCAUCUUUGGCUCCCAGGGUCCAAAGCUGACUUCAGUCAUGGUGCAGCAUAAGCGGUCCAUUCGCCCCUCUAGGAACGUCCAGGCAUCGAGGAAUCCUGUGAAGGUGCUGGCAGCAAGAGAGGACAUCCGCCAUGAGUAUACGGAGGAGAGACUGAACGUAGCACAGCUGGAGAGCAAAAGGAUGAAAGCUGAGAAGAGUGACUUAAAUAAAACAUCGGAGUACUCCGAGGCAGCUCUGGCAGGACUCGCCAGCAAGGAAAACUUCAGCAGCGUGAGUCUACGCAGCAUCAACAUCUCAGAGCAGACCUCCAACAACAGCGCCGUGCCGUAUAAGAACCUCAUGCUGAUACAGGUCAAAGGUCGUCGUCAUGUUCAGACCAGACUAGUGGAGCCCAGAGCCUCUUCGCUGAACAGCGGGGACUCUUUCCUGCUGGUCACACCAGAACAUUGCUUUGUCUGGAUAGGAGAGUUCUCGAAUGUCAUUGAGAAGGCGAAAGCUACGGACUUAGCCACUUUCAUCCAGACCAAGAAGGAUAUGGGCUGCAGGGCAAACCAGGUGCAGACAAUUGAGGAAGGUGUUGACGCUCAGGGCCCUGAAGCUCAGCAGUUCUGGACUAUCUUGGGUGGACAGAUGACCCAUCAACCGGCUGGUUUACCAGAAGAGGACGAGAGGUAUGAGAACGGUAUUGUGGAAACCAACUGUAUCUUCAGGCUGGUGGAGGAUAAGCUGGUUCCUGAUGAUAAUGAGUGGGGGAAGAUCCCUUGCAUCGCCUUGCUGGCUCCUAAAGAGGUUUUGGUGUUUGAUUUUGGCAGUGAGGUGUACGUUUGGCAUGGCAAAGAAGUAACUCUGGCACAAAGGAAGGUGGCGUUUCAGCUGGCCAAGCACCUGUGGAACGGGACGUUUGACUACACCUGCUGCGACAUCAACCCGCUGGACCCCGGAGGCUGCAACACUCUCAUACCCAGGAAGGGGCAGGGUCGUCCUGAUUGGGCCAUAUUCGGCCGACUGACAGAGCACAAUGAGACCAUCUUGUUCAAGGAGAAGUUUAUCGACUGGACUGAAGUAAAGUCGCCUACCUUAAAGGAAGUUGGCGAGCUUGUCCCAGAACAGAAGGAGACAUCUGGAUGUAAGUGCCGGCCGUACAACGCCUCCCUGAUGCUGCCUGUCCUCCAGUCGGCUGUUUCCACCAUUCUGGAUGGGGUGAAUGUGGGUCGUGGCCAUGGCCCGGUGGAGACGGAGGACCACAUGAGGAUCCAGGAGAUCAACACGGCGUCUGUGGAUGUUUGGCACAUCCUGGAGUUUGACUACAGCCGUCUGCCUCGCCAGAGCAUCGGCCAGUUCCACGAGGGAGAUGCCUACGUGGUCAAGUGGAAGUUCACGGUUAACACUUCAGUGGGCCGAAGACAGAACCCAGAGGCGAGGAGCAGCGGCCCGGGGAAGGAGAAAUGCUGCUAUUUCUUCUGGCAGGGUCGACACUCCACCGUCAGUGAGAAAGGAACGUCGGCGUUGAUGACAGUGGAGCUGGACGAGGAGAGAGGAGCUCAGAUCCAGGUGCAGCAAGGAAAGGAGCCGCCAUGUUUCCUGCAGUGCUUUAAUGGAGGGAUGAUCAUCCAUGCUGGCAAGAGGGAGGAAGAGGAGGAGAACGCUCAGAAUGAGUGGCGUCUCUACUGCGUGCGUGGUGAGGAUCCCAUGGAGGGCCACCUGCUGGAGGUGGUGUGUCACUGCAGCAGCCUUCGCUCCAGAGCAUCCAUGAUUCUGCUCAACAUCAACAAAGCUGUCAUCUACCUGUGGCACGGCUGCAAGACGCAGAUGCACACCCGCAGCGUCGGGAGCACGGCUGCAAACAAGAUCAAAGAACAGUGUCCUCUGGAAGCAGGUCUCCACAGCAGCAGCAAAGUCAGCAUCCACGAGUGCGAUGAAGGAGUUGAACCUCCGGGGUUCUGGGAGGCGCUUGGGGGGAAAGACAGGAAAGCUUAUGACUGCAUGUUGCAAGAUACAGGAAAAUUCAACUUCACCCCACGGCUCUUCCAGCUGACCAGCUCAUCUGGAGAGUUUGUAGCAUCUGAGUUCUUCCACCCGUCCAGAGGUCCAGAUCUGGUCAGCUCGCUGCCUUUCCUGCAGGAAGAUCUCUACAACGCACCGCAGCCUGCGUUGUUCCUGGUGGAUAACUUCCACGAGGUGUACCUGUGGCAGGGCUGGUGGCCUCAGGACAGCGAGUGCACUGGCUCGGCUCGCAUCCGCUGGGACGCCGACAGGAAAUGCGCCAUGGAGACCGUGCUACAGUACUGCAAAGAAAAAAAUGAGAAGAAGCCCCAGAAGUCGUAUCUUAUCCACGCCGGUCUGGAGCCGCUCACUUUUACCAACAUGUUCCCCUGCUGGGAACACCGAGAGGACGUGGCUGAGAUCACAGAGAGAGAGGCGGAGGUGUGCAACCAGAUCAUCCUGGUGGAGGACGUGUUGGCCCGGCUCUGUCAGAACACCUACCCUCUGGCUCAGCUUCAGGCCCGGCCACUCCCAGAGGGAGUCGACCCGCUCCGCCUGGAGGUCUACCUCUCCGACCAGGACUUUGAGACUAAGUUGUCGGUGGAUGCAGAAAGUUUUGGACAUGAAGAGAGAAGAAUACGAACGUCUGCCAGGGUGGAAGCAAGUGAACCUAAAGAAGGCCAAAGGACUGUUUUAGCUUCGUUUUUAACUGAAGGGUUCGAGUAGAGAAGAAGAAGCAGGAGAAAAGAGACCCAGGAGGAUAUUUCAGGAAAAUCUGCAGAAAGCACAGGACCGGAGAUGCACUUGUCCCAUUUCUAGUCUUGUUUUAUUUUCUCAGCUGUGUCAGUAUUUAACUAAAUUAAACGCAAGUGGUGCAUCAGCAGGUAGAAACACCUCACUUUGGUUCUUGAUGUGUCUUUUAAGUCUUCUUCUGAGCACUGAGGUCACCAUUUGUGAAGAAGACAGAAAUCUUAGACGCUUGCUGUCAGAGUGCCAUGUUGUGGUUGUAUGAGUGCAGCUGUAUAUAAUGAUGGUGUGUUUGUGCAAGUGGGUGUGUGUGUGUGUGAGAGAGAGACUUAAAAACAACCUCUGUUGCUGCAGGAGUUAGGAGGGAAGUCAGAUGCUGUCAGACCUUGUGAGCAACUCUUCUCGCUACUUUGUUAAACUGCAAAGUGACUCAAACUUUAUUAAAUAUCUGAGGUGACGAGUAACUCAAAGGCAGCAGUUUGGUCAAACUGAAAAUACAGUGCCUUGCUUUUGUGUACAGUUUAUAUACAGAAAUUCUAGUCUGCAUUUUUAAAGACUUUCUUUGUGAUAUAAGAGAUAGUAAAUUAAAUCCCAACAAUGCUCAAUAAAAAUAAAGACUUGUUUCUGUCA